GAAUGUAGCUGCAGAGUGAGAGACCUUCUCGCCCGAGCGGCAGUCUUUGACGAUCUUCGGUGCACGUCAAACUGGUCCCGUCGCUGGCGAACAUGUCUGCGGGCUCAGGUGGCUGUGGACCCGGCCCCGGCCCUGGCCCCGGAGUCGGGUCGGGGACCUCCAAUCCCCGAAAGUUCAGCGAGAAGAUCGCCCUGCACACGCAGCGCCAAGCCGAGGAGACGGCCGCCUUCCAGGAGGUCAUGAUGGACAUCACUUCGACGCGGCUCCAGGCCCAGAAGCUCCGCCUGGCCCGGAGUCAAGGUCCGUACUACGGAGGCUCUCUUCCCAACGUCAACCAGAUCGGCCGAAGCCCACAGGACCUGCAGGCCUCCUUCCCUUCAACUCUGGAGUCCAGUCGCACCACGCGGCAUCACGGCCUGGUGGAGAGAGUCCAGCGAGACCGCCGUUUCAUUUCGCCAGUCCGGCCGUACCGCAACCGUCAAGUGGACAGCGCUUCAUCUAAUUCUGCCUACUUGUCCCCGCCCCCUGAUCCCAGCUGGAGAAGGAAUUGGUCCGGAAUCUUCCCGGGGGAUAAAAGCCAGUUGUUCCGUCUCCCAACCACUGCACUCAACAGGUGAAUCUUCCUAUUCCUCCUCCUUCAUCUUCCUCCCUCCGUCUGCGUCAAUAAAUCUUUUUCCUUUCUUCCACUUUUCCUUCCGUCUGCCACACGGCGGUAAGUUUUGUGAACCGAUCACAGCGCACGGCGUGGCGAUGGCAUCAACGAUGGAGGCCUGUGAUUGGUUGAAUGUGAUGAUUGGCUGACUAACAGCCAAUGU